UUAAGUAAAAAAUACAAAUCUUCUAUGGUGAUGUGGAUAUGAUGACGUGACUUAGAUACAGUUUGGUAUAAAAGCUAAUGAAGCUGGGUGAAGAGAAGAAGAGGAGAAGAGAAAGAGGGACACACCAGUUGCUGUUAUUCCAGGCCUACGUGCAAUAUUCAGACAAACCGAGGCUUCUUCCUUAGCUUGGAGACUUCAUACACAGGGUCAUGCCUGUGAACCUACCCACUCUGACUGUUUGCCUGCUAGGCACAGCCAUUCUCUGUGCAGACAUUUCUCCUGCAUCGUCAAACAAUACAUCUACCCCAACAGCACCACCUAUAAGCCCAGACGAUACUCCUGCCAAUGUGUCCACCCUCGCACCUUCCACCACUGGUACUAACACCUCUGCUCCAGGGACUGACCCCACAUCUAACCCCACAGAGGCCAGCACCACCAUGGUCUCCACAUCCGACCAGGCAAAUGAAGAAGCCACAGAGACAAUAUUGUCAACUGGCGAGAUAGCCAGCAUUGCUGUCGGCAGCAUUGCUGGAGUGGCGGCUAUUGGUGGAGGGAUCUUUGCUGGUCUGAAGUUUAGUGGUAAGCUGGCGGGUUAGUGUUGCUAGGCUGGACUGGACAGGGCUGGGUAAGGAUAAGCUGAGUGGGUUGGUAAGGGGAGAUUCGAUUGGCCUGAGACCAGUCCAAGACUCUACAUGCUGCACAACCACAAGCCUCUCACCUUCCUCUAUCUGAAACCACUGCCAACCAACACAUUGAGACCUUCAUUUACAACUAUACAGGAAUGCAGAUUGCAUUACUAUGAGCCAAAAUCUGGAAUUUUAUACUGUGCUCAGUCGAGAUAAAAUACUACUUCUACUGCUGAUAUAUAUAUAUAUAUAUAUAUAUAUAUGUGUGUGUAUAUGUGUGUGUAUAUGUGUGUCUAUGCAUUCGAUUACACACUGAACUGUAUAUCACAUGUUAUGUAUGGCCACAAUGUAGCAUUCAGCUGUUGAUGCAUAUGCUUUCCCUAUCUAGUGAGAGCAUACAGUAUAUGGGAAAAAAGGAGAACAGUGUCUGAAAAAGACAAAUGAUAAUACGAAAUAACAUGAUAGCUACAGAAUAUAUUUAAUAUAAGGUAGCAAAUAUAUUUUAAUAUUAUGGUUCACCGCACAUCUUGUGGUGACAGCUUAACCAUGCUUUGAACUUUCUGCUAAGUGUCUUUUUAAACAUUUUAAGAUGAUCAAUGAUUUUUGUUGUUUGAUUUAAUGAUUAGAUUUUUUUGUCAUUAAACAUUUUAAGAUGACAAUGGAUGAUCACAUGGGAUUUUGAAUAUGUUAUUUCCUCAAAAAGUAUUAUGCACACAUAUUAUUUCACAACAAAAUACCAUGAUGAUUAUGGUAUUAUGGUCACAAUGUAAACACCUAAUUUUGUAAUAAAGAUCAAGAGUAGUUGUG